AUGGAUUCAAUGGAGUGCUACGCCCUACAAAACAACUACACAUACUUGCGGUUGAUUGGCGCAGAUUUCAAGGAAAUUUGUGAGCAAAAUCAUAUUAAUUUUCAACGUCACUGUAUUGUUGCUCACAUUCUCAAAAGCUACAAUUUCACCUGGGUGUUGCACGUGGACGCUGAUGUUGGUGUCGUUAAUGAAAGAAGACGUUUAGAGGAAUAUAUCAAAGAAGACCUUGACAUAAUCUUUCAUGAAAGAUUUUUUAAUUUUGAGGUGGGAGCAGCCUCGUAUUUCGCCAGAAAAUCAGACUUUUCUAAAAUAUUUCUUCGCGGUUGGGCCGAUUACUCUUUUCGUCUACCACAGCACUUUCACUCAGACAAUGCAGCAUUGCAUAUGUGGUUGGUUGAACUAUUCGCCCCCAAUGCGCCGUUCACACCCCCUGCUGGACACUAUGGCAAGGAAGAAGUGCUCAGGAACGCUACACUUUCCCGUGUAUUUAUAUACAGAAAGGGAGAAGGAUGGCUAAGAGAUUCUUGGCUGACGAACAGUCACUGGAGUCCUGAAAUAGAUUUUAUGUUCCAUCACAGGAAAGAAAAAUGGAAGAAGCAGUUUAAUGUGACUCAAAUAAAAGUACUUCAAGGCCCUAGAUUUGAUUGGUGUGACACAUUAACUUCGCCAUUAGACCUCGAUAAAUGCAGAAGAGAACGACGGAGAAAAGACGUGGAAGAAUUACGCCGAGAUCAUUUGCAAUUCCUCUACAAAUUUGCCUCUCGAUUGACGCGAACUUGGUCAGAUGAAGAUGUACAAGAUACAAAAUAA